GAAAACAAUUGAUAUUCAUCAAUUAAGUUUGAGUAGUAUAGCUCAAGAUGGUAGGGUUUGGCUCUCCUUGUGGUGCAUGCAAGUUCUUGAGGAGAAAGUGUGUGAGAGGAUGUGUGUUUGCUCCCUACUUCUGCCAUGACCAAGGUGCUGCUCAUUUUGAGGCUAUCCACAAAGUGUUCGGGGCGAGCAACUUCUCGAAGCUCCUCCUCCACCUCCCGGCUUCCCAACGGUCCGAAGCCGCCCUCACCAUCUCCUACGAGGCUCAAGCCAGGCUGCAAGAUCCUAUUUACGGUUGCGUGGCACACAUCUUCGCGUUGCAACAACAAGUUGUAACUUUGGAGGCGCAAAUAGAAUCGUUAAAGGCUCAAACAGCGCAAAGUUACUCUUCGACAUCGAGACUUGAAGAAGAUGAGCUGAAUAACAAGCUCCCACAACAUCACACAGGCGAAUUAGACUAUUUAUUCGCCCGCGAAAUGAGCAUAACUCAAUCUUCGGUUUCAGAUACCAAUAUGAACCCUGAAGUCAUGUUGCACCUUGAGGAUGUGCUUCUCAAUUCGAAUUCCUUCCAAUCUUCUCAGCAUUCAUAUACGAGCUACGACAAUCAGUUCUCGAUUACCACCGAUGCUAAUUCAUCGUGCACGGUGACUUCACUCGACCUACAAGCCAAUGCAAUGAGAUCGACAUAUCAGGAUAUGGAUGAUCUUCAUUCUGUUGCAUUUGGCUACCUUAAUUGUGCAUGAGAGGCCACAUGAGUGAGUUCAAACAAGAGACAUUUGUUAGUCCUUCAUGACGACCGAUUAGGCUUGUCGAUGGUGUACGAUAUAUAAACAAAAAUGAAACGA